AAUCAGCUAGUGUACCGAACAAUUAUCGUUCUAUCCCACAAUACUAUCACCUAUCCCUUGGCUCCUGAGCUCCCAAGAAUUAUCUUUACGAGUAAGAACCCGAAUUUCAAGAUUUCGAUGUGAAAAGCAAUAAAUAUGGACUUCAAGUACUUAAUCCUAAUGAUCGCUUUCGCAACGGUCGAGAUAAACUUGACUGAGAGUCGUCAAAAUGAUAAACGGAGAUGGAAAUCCGAAAAAUCCCCUUAUUCGCAUUACGUAAACAUUUGCGAUAUACAGGACCGAGUGUCUAAGGUACAUUGUUACUGUGAGAGUAUUAAAAUAAAAACAGCUACAAAAGCAGACUGCUGGGUUUUCAACGGUGGCAUAGCGGAAGACGAUCCUUUUUGGUCUAAUUUUUAUUCCCAACCGAAAAUAGAAAGGCUUACGUUUAAUGUGAGAGCAGACGGGGGCUUAACGUAUAUACCAGCCAAGGUUAUUGUUAGACUUGAUCGAUUGCAGUACCUGAAUAUACAAUAUGCAAAUAUAUUCAGUAUACCAUCAUUCGCAUUCACAAAUUCGACUACAUUAAGGGAAAUAACGUUACAAAAAAACAAAAUUGGUAAAUUGGAGAGAAUGGCAUUUGCCCACUUAAUAAUGUUAGCUAAUGUGAGCGUUGCUGAAAAUCAGAUAUCGGAAUUGCAGAGGGACGUAUUUUACGUCUUACCUAAUUUGCAGAGACUUCAACUAUCUAAGAAUACAAUUAGCGUUUUACACGACGGGUGUUUUAAGCAUUUGAACAAUUUAAUAAAAUUGGAUCUGAACGGUAAUUUGUUGACAGUUGUCAUUAGGGAGAACUUCCAAGGAUUGUCAAAUUUGAUUACAUUGGACAUGAGAAACAACAAAUUGAUGAUGAUAGGAGAUCUGUCGUUUGCUGAACUUUGGAGCCUUCAAGAACUUUAUUUAGAUGGCAACGAAAUAGAAUUUAUAUCCGAACGGGGUUUCGGCGGAUUGACUCAGUUGAAGAAACUUUCUUUAGCCGAUAAUAAGUUGGGAGUGCUAGAUGACGGAGUGCUCGACGAUAUACAAAAGUUGAAUUUUCUGGAUUUAAGGAAUAACAUGUUGGAAACAUUGAAACAAGAAACGCUGAGAAGCGUUAUUGACAAUAUGAAAUCUAAUUAUGCACAAAUCUCUCUUGAAGGUAACAAGCUAACAUGUGACUGUCGACUUUCCUGGCUGCACAAAUUACGAAACGAAACACGAAGUAAGCGCGUAAAAGCCUCCUUAGACCGACUCAACUGUAUCAUGGACACAAAACUAAAAAAUAACCUAGUCAAUAUCAAGAUACAAAAUGCUCAAGUACAAUAUAAAAUUAAUGUUGGAGCUAAGAAGGAAAUAGAUAAAACUGAUGAUGACGAAGAAGAGUUUGAAGACGAUAAUAUUUACGAUGACGCAAUGAAGGAUCAAGAAAACGGAUUGGAUGUUACAAAAAUGGAUUAUCGUAGAAAACUAAUGGAAAUUCCUGUUGACAUGCUUCCUUGUGCUAGCAAACUUAGCUACGAAGCCUCAUUCUCGCCGCCAACACAAGACGAAGUCAAAUAUUAUAAAACUUCAGGAUGCGAAAAGUGCUUAGCGUCAACCAUAAGUUUCAUAACAAUAUGCACACUAACGAGAAUAUUGUAGCGUUAUAUUCAAUAAUGUGAAAAACAUUUU